AUGGAAAACAUGUCCGAGGAAACCCACGGCGAAAUGACGGAUCCACAGCACGUCCACCUAAGGUAAGGAGAAAAAACGGUUCAAGGGGUCCCUGUGUGAAGGUGUUUCUAUAAAACCGCGCCUCAACCUUUUUCUUUAACGGUUCAAGGUUUCUUUCUGCUCCUUUUCAUUCACAUGAAAAUUUUUCCUUGUUUGUAUUGAAUGUGUCAUAUACUAACAGACUGAAAUAAAGUAUGUACACAGCGCCCUAACUUUAUUGAAAUGAAGUCAUGUGUUUGGAGGUUAAGGCUCUGUUUGUGUAGAUACCAACAGUUUGGGUCGGGUCAGAACUGCUGACAUUCAUACAGCUCAUUCAGACGACUCAGAGAAUGAGAGUAUUUGGAAUUUUCCAAUAUUUAUCAUGUCUCAGAUUUGUGCACAUCAGUUUGUGAAUGACAGAUAUUGUAUAGAAAGACUUAGCUUUCAGACCCUUUACAACAAGAUCUUCAGUGCUUCUCAUCUUUUUCUUUUAGCUUCCCAUCUGAAAGCUCUGUGGAGGAAAUGGCUCAAGACAGACCAGAUCAAGAUGAGACAGAGAAAACAGAGAUUGAUAACAGCAUCAUACAGAGACUUCAAGACAGACCAGAUCAAGAUGAGACAGAGAAAACGGAGAUUGAUAACCGCAUCAUACAGAGACUUCAAUCUGGCUGGAUAGGCACUCUUCAUGUCGUUUUCCUGGUGCUGCUUUUAGUCCUAAUCACUGUCAUUGUUGGCCUGAGCAUCAAUGUUAAGCAGUUACAGAAAGAAAGGAGUCAGCUGAGACAGCUUCUAGAAUCAACACACAUGGGACUGAACCACACCAUGGAAGUAAAUCAAAAAGUGAGCCAGAGUCUGAACUUCACUGUGGAAGAAAAUCAAAAACUGAGGCUGAGUCUGAACUACACCAUGGAGGAGAAUCUGAACCUGAGCCUGAGUCUGAACAACACCAUGGAAGAAAAUCAGAAAUUGAGCAGAAGACUAAACUACACCAUGGAAGAAAAUCAGAAAUUGAGCCUGAGUCUGAACUACACCAUGGAAGAGAAUCUGAACCUGAGCCUGAGUCUGAACAACAUCAUGGAAGAAAAUCAAAAACUCAGGCUGUGUCUGAACUACACCAUGGAAGAGAAUCUGAACCUGAGCCUGAGUCUGAACAACACCAUGGAAGAAAAUCAGAAAUUGAGCAGAAGACUAAACUACACCAUGGAAGAUAAUCAGAAAUUGAGCCUGAGUCUGAACUACACCAUGGAAGAUAAUCUGAAACUGAGCCGAAGACUAAACCACACCAAGGAAGAAAAUCAAAAACUGAGCCUGAGUCUGAGCUACUCCAUGGAAGAAAAUCAGAGACUGAGCCGAAGACUAAACCAACACCAUGGAAGAAAAUCAAAAAUUGAGCAGAAGAGUCUGAACUUCACCGUGGAAGAAAAUCAAAAACUGAGGCUGAGUCUGAACUACACCAUGGAGAAAUCUGAACCUGAGCCUGACUGA